GGCCCAGAUCUAUAGAAAACAUUUAAAUCGGAUAAAAAAAUGAUUGGUGCAAAAUAUGUGUUGUGUGCGCUUGCACUUUUUGUUCUAAUUGGAAAUUUUGGAAAUUCCGAGGCGUUAAGAUGCUACGUAUGCCGAGGUGCUGAAUGUAAGAAACCAACAGAAAGUCAUAUUGAAACCUGCCCUAGCAAAAGGCCUCCCGUAGAUCCAGAUCCCGUAGAACCAGAUCCUGAUGAGACUGAUCCCGAUGAGACAGAUCCUGACGAGACGGAUCCUGAUGAAACAGACCCUGAUGUGACUGAUCCUGACGAGACAGACCCCGAUGAGACAGAUCCUGAUGAGACAGAUCCUGAUGAGACAGAUCCUGAUGUGACUGAUCCUGAUGAGACAGAUCCUGAUGAGACAGAUCCUGAUGUAACUGAUCCUGAUGAGACAGAUCCUGAUGUGACUGAUCCUGACGAGACAGAUCCUGAUGAAACAAACCCUGAUGAGACAGAUCCUGAUGUGACUGACCCUGACGAGACAGAUCCUGAUGAAACAGACCCUGAUGAGACAGAUCCUGAUGAGACAGAUCCUGAUGUGACUGAUCCUGACGAGACAGACCCUGAUGAGACAGAUCCUGAUGUGACUGAUCCUGAUGAGACAGAUCCUGAUGUGACUGAUCCUGAAGAGACAGAUCCUGAUGUGACUGAUCCUGACGAGACAGAUCCUGAUGAAACAGACCCUGAUGAGAUAAGUCCUGAUGAGACAGAUCCUGAUGAAACAGAUCCUGACGAGACGGGCCCUGAUGAGACUGAACCAGACGUGACCGAUCCCGAUGAGACGGACCCUGAUGAGACAGAUCCUGAUGUGACUGAUCCUGACGAGACAGAUCCUGACGACAUGGACCCCGACGUGACCGAUCCUGAUGAGACAGAUCCUGAUGAAACAGGACCUGAUGAGACGAAUCCUGAUGUGACUGAUCCUGAUGAGACGAACCCUGAUGAAACAGGUCCUGAUGAAACAGGUCCUGAUGAAACAAACCCUGAUGAAACAGGUCCUGAUGAGACAAACCCUGAUGUGACCGAUCCUGAUGAGACAGGUCCUGAUGAGACAAACCCUGAUAUAACUAAUCCUGAUGAAACGGGUCCUGAUGAGACAAACCCUGAUGUAACCGAUCCUGAUGAGAAAGAUCCUGAUGAGACGAACCCAGAUGUAACCGAUCCUGAUGAAAUAAGUCCUGAUGAGACCGAUCCUGAUGAGACAGAUCCUGACAUGACUGAUCCUGAUGUGACUGAUCCUGGUGAUACGGACCCUGACAUGAACGACCCUUAUAAGACUGAACCAGAAGUUAGCGACCCUAUUGAAACGAACCCUGACGAUGAGCCAACUGAUAGUAAUCCUGAAGCAAGAAGAGUAAGAAGAGAAUCUAAGAACUUAAUAAAUUCUGACGCUUCUUACAAUGAUCAAGAGGAAUUGCGUUCACUGGGCAAGAACUUGAACCCGCCAGCCCGUGUGUUUUUGAGAAACCUGAAACAAUACAGAAACGAUGAAGAAUCCGAUGCAAAAUGCAUUUUUACGUCGUUCAUUGAAAAUGAUGAGACAAUCGUCGUUAGAGGUUGUGGAUUUGUAGCAGAGGAUGAUGAAUCAAACUGCAAAGAAUUAAUUACGGAGGAUGAAAAUAGCAGUUUCGAUGGUAUACCUUCAGAAUGCAAAGUCUGUGACACAGAUUUAUGCAAUUCUGCCACGAGAACCGUCGGAGCCAUUAUACUAUUUUUUAUUGGUGCAAUUAUUAAUUUAUAAACUUAAAUUUAUUUUUUACUAGGACUCUGAUACCGUUCUACAUUAUUUCGUUGGAUAGAUAGAAUAAUGAUAAUGUGUAAAAUUUAGCUAAGUAGACAUACAUAUUUUCUGUAAUAUAAUAGUGUAAACUUUGUUGUAAAAUUAUUAGUCUUUAGAAAAUUUUGAUUUUUUUCUGUACGAAAAGAAUUCAAAAUAGACUUGCGUUCUAACACAAUAACUUCUUAUUGACAAAAAGAAGUUUUUAGUGAAGCAUUCGAC